GUCGGCAAGACACAAAUUACAACAAAACUUUUGUUUUGAUUUUUAAUUGGCCGCAAUUUAGAUUUAACAACUAAUUGAUUUCGUUAUUAAAAAACAGUGAAAGUUAUCUGUCGACCGAAAAAAAAAAACAAAAAAAUUGUGGAGCGCCGACGUUUAUUUUCACUAAAAAUAAGUUGGUUCAUGUCUCCGUGCAGUGGAUAUGUCGGCAGAGGAAGAGUCGGACGCGUUGAAAAUUUACUGGGACCAUUUCUUCAAGGCGGAGACUGGCACUUAUGAGAAAUCGACAUGGCUGGAGCUGUUCUUGGCCGAGUUCAUCAUUCGUCUAAACGACGGCGAAAACGCAAAAAAGCUCAUCAAUUUUUGCCCGGUGAGCGGAGUGGUGACGCUGGUGGGUUGUGAGCUGUUGUGCGGCAUCCACCGCGUCACAUCAUCCAUCAACACGCACUACUCGCUGCCCGGCCUCGAGCCGACACCGGACAACACUGGCGAUGCAGAAACGAAAGCAGAGGAGUUGAACCCGCGUCCCGCGAGCGUGUUCUCCCGGAUGAACAUGCAGUCCUCUGCGGACAUCCUGCGCAGCUAUCUGCUGGGCGGCGUCGCGUGGCGCUGCCUCGUGCUGCUGAGGGCGCUCGGCGUUGAGGGUCUGUCGUGCUGCCGUCAGCUGAGCUCGGUGCUGAUCUGGCUGUUCGGGGAGACGUGUGCGGGGAGCGCGCCUCGCGUCGCCUCGCCUCCUCCCCCGCCCCGGGACUGCGCCCGCCGGCGUCCUCCUAUACACGAACUUUUCUCUAGCAGGAUUUGGGCCAAACAGAAACCUUUAAAUGCCUCAAGUUCGACUGGUUCUGCGGAGAAAGGUUCCCUUAUGGGGAGAGCGAGAAUCAACGGGCAGAAAUCAGACGCCGAGGGAAAAGUCAAAAAGAGAUCUAUGAAAAACACUGACCAAUCCUCAGAAUCCGCCGACUCUAAUGAUGAUUUGCAAAUUCUGAAUCGUUCUAUGACUAUUAAAGUGUGCACUCCGAACGACGACUUUGAAUAUUUCAACUCGCCUAUACGCUCAUCCAAUGAAUAUGCCAAUCAGACUUUAUACCUUGAUCCCCUGUACUCGCCUCGGAAAGCGAAACCCAAAGCUGAAGAUUUCAUGACAGCAAAACACAGGGAAAUUAUUAGUUCCGAAAUCAGUACGUUUGAAUUCACAUUGAUUAUAACGGAUUUGUUGCAAGAACUCUGCAAAGCGGAGAGCAGCCUGUCCGGGUCAGAAGGCUCACAGAUAUCGAUGCAGUGUAUAAAUUUUUCCUUAAAAAAUUUGUGCUCCUUACAAUUUGGAUCAAUGCCAGCGCAGUCAGCAGCUUACGAACCUUUCGAGAUGUCCAGAGUGAAAGUUGCCCUGACGGAACUGUUGAUAGUGUCGUUGGAUCAAGUGCUCAUCCAUUCCGAUCUGUGUGCCAAACUAAUUAACAACGGCAUUCUACCGAUGCUUCUUAGAAUCCUAGAGGACGUUAUCUGUAAAUCCAGUGCCAAAUACAACACCAAAGUUGACCGCCAAAAUAGUGCCAAAGAAAUAGAAAAACAAAACGACUCAUCAGAAUCGGCAAAUUUGCUCAAGUUCGUAUUCGGUAUAGCAUAUUCAAUAACAGCGUUCUUCCACUGUCUGUUAAUGCAGUGUCGAUCUGUCGAAAAGCUAAGAGAAUUCACGGAUCAAUUUAAAUUGUACGGAGAGUGCCUUAAGGGGGGAUUGCUCAAAGAGUGUAUGGAACUUAUGAUUAGGAUACCGGGAGUGGAUAAGGAUGAAACUGUGAUAUUGAUUAGGAAGCUAAUAGAUUCUAUAGGGAAGUUGAUAAGUGCUAUGAAGAGGGUCAGGAGUGAAGUCAUCCAUUCGGCCGCUUGUCCUAAGAACAGGCAUAAAGCGUGCCGACAGAGGGUUGCGGCGGGUAUGCAUCAUCACCACGAUAUACUCGGGGAAGCUGGAACUGGCCUUCCACUGCCUUCCGCCUGCUGCGUAUCAGUUUUAUAUGGAACCCUGACAUCUUUAGUUCCGGAUGAGGAGGUAUCAGCUCAGAAAACCUUAAGAAAUAGAAUUCUCCGAGUCAUGUUAAAGUGUGGCGUAUGCUGUUGUUUCUCGCCAAGUUUUCUAAUGGAGAAUAUUGUAAGAUUAAUGCUCACGCAUAGCAAUGUCGCGUCCCUCUGCCUUCAAUUGCUGGAACACACAGUAUAUGGAGACCUUGGUGCUAGCGUCCUGAUACCCAAAGUAACAGAUCAGCUUCCGUGUUCCAUAUGCGAACAAAGCGAUUCCAACAGAGAUUUAGGAAGGAAAUACUGUCCUCAUGGCGUUAGUCCUAUCGAGAGAAAGAGCGUGUGGUCGUUUCUGAUACAUUACAACUCGCUACUUCAAUUGGAUAACCAUAAUAACGUUCUCCACGCAACCGUGCGACAUCUUCUCAAGGUCACGCCGAAAUGUCGCAUGGAAAUGAAAUAUGAACUACUGUUUAGUGUCAUUUACCCGACCUUUAUAGUCUCGAAGCACAGGUAUACCAUGAGGGUCGAAGAAUCGGCGUACUUCUUAACUGUAUCAUGUUUGAAUAUUUUUGCAAGCUUACUCAAUACAGUAUCAUUCGCCGAACAAUUUAUUCAAAAAGGUGGCUUGAGCUAUGUUCUGGAACUAGUGUCUUUGCCAGAAUUUUCGAACCAGUGCUGCGCUAUCCUGGAAAUAGCAAUAAUUGUGGAAAUAUUUAAACUAAUAAAGGAAAACGUGGAGCUCACGUAUUUUAGAGAGAUGCGUUCACUGGCAUCGGUACAGAUCCUAUUUAAAUCCCUUUCCGAUAUGACUGAGAAGUGUUACAAAAUAUACAGAACGAAAAUGCCAAAGGAAAAAUUCGAAGAGCUAUGCGAUAUAAGUAAGGAGAAAGAAAUGUUGGCGAUAUCCUCAAACGAGCAAACGAGACAAACGAGAGUGAAAUCGUUGCCUGUAGCAAUAAAGUCUACUUUUGCGUACGAGACUGAAGAUACGGUGGAGGAUCAUAUAGAGGUCUUGAAGAACAUCUGUACAUUCUGGAAGUCUUGUGCCGGGCUGUGUCUGUAUAGCCCGAUGUUCCGCGAGUAUGCAGUGGGAGAGCCCGUAUUCGCGGACAGCUACGCCCUACUCAAGCUACUACUAUACUAUUUGUGCAACUGCGAGUGUUCGAGUACCGAGUCCAAGGUGCUGAUCAAGAUUAUGGAGUCCCUGCUAACUGUGCAAUUCGCUGUAUCUGACGCAACGUCCGGCCGGUCGAAGCAGACAAGCUGCGCGGUGGUGCGCGAGGCGCUGAGCGCGCGCGCGUGCGGCGGCGUGCGCGCGCUGUGCGACGCGCUCGUGGGCGUCGCGCUCGCCACGCCCAGCUCCCAGCACGCCAUGCCGAGAUUUACGCCGCUUAAGGUACCACCACUAUUCUGUCCCUCGGGCAGCAGUUCGCCGGAAUGCUCGUCGAGCGAGGAGAGCGCGGUGGGCCCCUACGCCAGCGAGCACAGCGAGUCUCGCACGCUGCCCGAUGACGGGUACGAGGCUGACGUCGAGAUAGGAAAAUUGGAUGCUCCGACCAAAACAAGAAAGCUCUCGGAAUCCUUGUCCAUUUUGAAUAAUGUGCCAGGAAUCCACGGUCAAGAGACGGCAACAGACUGUCCGGAGUACAGCGAGAGCGGCGAGCUGGCGCACCCGGAGCUGUGUGUCAUCGUGGUCGAUAUACUGUCACAGCUCAUUGAUAAGUUGCUCAGCUCUGAGCAGUAUGACAAGGAGCAAAGCGAGGAGGUUUCGCGCGUGUGCAGCGGGCUAGCGCGAGCGUGGGGCGCGCGUCUCGCGGGCGCGCGCGCUCCGCCCAUGCUGCUGGGACGCCUGCUGGCGCACGACGCGCCGCCCGCCAGGCUCCUGGCCGCUACUAACCCUAAAUAUGCCGAUCUGCAGAGAAGCAUCCUGGAGCUAGUGCACGUGGUAGCUUCUCACAGCAUCGAGGCGGCGGAGCUGUCGUCGCUGCUGCGGCUGUUCGCGGCAGAGCGGCCGCCGCUGGCGUUGCUGCUGCGUGCGCUGCGCCGAUUGGUCAACCGUACGUCGCAGCACGCUCCCGACUGCAUCCUCACCUUCCCCAUUGACGUCGACCCGGCAGAAGACUACCAGACAGACGAGCCUGUGGGCUCGUCGUUCAACCAGCAAGCAGUACUGAGCGCCAGGAGAUUGCGGCAAUCGCACUUACGCGCCGGAGUGUGGUCGCCGUGGGCGGGCGGUGCGGCGCGCUGCGCGGUGGGCGGCGCGGGCUGGGCGCCGUGGCUGGCGGGCUUCGGCGUCGCGAUCUGGCUGCGCCUGUCGCCGCAGCACGCACCACCGAGAUACGAUGACACGGAGGAGUGGCAGGAGGAGCCGCCGGACCCGGCGGGCGCGCCGAAGUCGCCGAAGAAGGAACACUCAUCCAAAUCCGAACUCAUGCACGUGUUCUCCAUAGGCCACGACUCGCUCAUGUUCGAGCUGUGGAUCAACACUUAUAAUGGUGAGUUAACGGUGCGGCUGACUCGGCCCGACGCACACAGCAACAAGCUCGUGAGCUCGGCGCGGUCGCGGCCCGGGCUCGGCACGCGCUGGUGCUGCCUCGCGCUCAACGUCGCCGAGCGAGUGCACAAGCGGCGGAUACACAUACAGGUGACGCUGUACGUGAACGGCCGCGAGUGUGAAACUUUAUCGUUGCCACUUCAAGGUAUCCUCGUACGCAAAGCGACCCCCUCGACAGUGAUCGUGGGGCAGGCGGGGCACGCGCCGGACACGCGGCCGGGCGGCGCGCUGCACGUGUCGCAGGUGCGCGUGUUCCGCACGCCCGCGCUCACCGCGCCCGCCGCGCUGCACCUCGCCGCGCACCCGCCGGACCUGCCCUGCCAGAUUCCGUGCGAGUCGGCCGACUUCCCUUCAAUUAUAACUCCUGAGCUGCUGGAGAUGGAUAUAGACUGGGAUUCGGUGUACGAAAUCUCCAGCGCCACGCUGCGGGAGCUGCACGAGAGCCUGCUGCUGACGUUCUCGGCUCACUCGCCGGAGAUCAUGAGCCUCUACCAUCAAGCGCCCGCUGUGCCCACUGUGUUCGGGUCCCGCACGUGGAGCGCGGCGGCGGGCGCGUGCGGCGAGGCGCCGGACGCGCUGCGCGUGCGCUGGGCCGGGCCGCCCCGCGCAGCGCGACGCCGUGGCCUGGCGCCCGCGUUGCUAGCGCUCGGCGGGCCAGAGCUGCUGCUCUACUUGUUCGCCAGGGUAGUAGAGCUGGAGGGCUCGGCGGAGGAGCAAGCGAGCGCGCUGGCGAUAGCGAUGCGUGCGUGCGGCGCGGACGCGCGCCUCGCCGCCGCGCUGUACGCGGACGCGGCGCUCGACCUGCUGCUGCCCGUGCUGGCCGCGCCCGGCUGCCGAGUGACGCACCACAUGCUGAAGGUGGUGUUGGACGAGGCUUGCAGCAGUUCGCUGCUGGUGGUGGGCGGCGCGGCGGUAACGCUGCGCGCGCGCAACGAGAGCGUGCUGCUGGAGCCGCGCCUGUUGGUGCUGCUGGUGCGCGCCUGGCGACACUUUGACACUGAUCAGGCGGUAGUGUGGGAGCGGAACUCGGGCGAGGCGGAGAGCAACGGGGGAAGCAAGGCGGUGGGCUCGGCGUGGGAGCUCGCGCUCGCUGCGCUCAGGGCGCUGCUGCACGCGCGGCACCCGCGCCUGCGCUUUAACCACUACCAGGCCUCCAGGGUAGACCUGCUGCGGCAUCUGCUGCUCGCGUGCAAGGAGCGGUUCUUGAACUCUGAGCGACCGGCGUUCGGCCAAGAGACGAGCAUAGCGCUCGUGGACCUGGUGCGCGCUCUGCUCGGACACCCGCCGCUGCUGUGCCACCUGGCGCUGCUCUGCGACUUCCUGCUGCUCAUGCACCAAGCGAGCGAUACGUUUGUUACGCACUCGCGAGCGAACUACUACUUCCUGCUGACCGCCGACACGCCGGAGACGAGCGAUUUCAACUUCCUGAGCUUUAUCAACAAGCGACACAAGCCCAACACUGAUAAUAAGGCUUUCGACACCACAGACAAGUCGAGCUCCUCCAGCGUGUCUGAAGACGUGGGGGAACCUCUCGCGAGCGAGAUAAAAGAUAUGCACAUCCGCGAGACGGAGAGCGACAAGACUGACCCCGAGAGCGCGGAGUCUACCAAGCAGAUGAAGGGCCUCAUCAAUAUGAAGAUCAAGGAAGGCAGACAAAAGCUGUCGUCCACUUCGGAAGCGUCUGACGGAACUGUAGAAAAAAGUAUGGAGGAAACCAUAGACGACAUAGACGGAGCAAUAGAGGACGCCAGACAGCUUAAAGAGGCGGAGCAAGCGCUCGACGGGUACAUCGUGGUGGACAGCGAUGACGUCAGCCACACCACCGUCGACAUCUACACCAGCGGCAUCUACCAACAGAGACGCGUGCGGGCGGGCGCGGAGCCGGGCUGGCAGGCGUGCGAGGGGCUAUUGCUGUUAUUGAGAGACGCCAUUGCAGCCCUACCAGAACACAUGAUCGUUCAGGCGGUGUCGGCAGCGAUCCAGCCUGAGACUCUGGUGGUGCUGGCCAACCACCGGCAGGCGGGCGUGCGCGCAGCCGUCGUGCGCGUCAUCAGCGCGCUGCACCGCCGCCACGCCGCGGCGCUGCCGCACCACUGCUUGGUGCAGCUAGCCAAUCAGAUUUCUCUGUACCCCGGCUCGUGGGAGCUCGCGUCGGCAUGUGCGGCGCUGCUUACCAAGUGCGACGUUCCGCUCGAGGACCAGCUAGAUGAGGAUGUGUGGCACACUCUGGACGAGGAGGCGGCGUACCGCAGCCCGCCGCUGCUGGCGCUGCUGCCGCUCAGUGCGGGCGCCGCGGACGUGCCGCUCACGCACAACGUCGCUGCGCUGGCCAGGCGACUCGUCGACAAGGCAUCAUUAAAAGCAUUGAACGAAGUGGCGCUAGUGGAAGUGGUGGUGCGCUCGAUCCGCGCGGUGGGGCAGGAGGAGGCCGGCUUCGAGGGUCGCCAGCUGCUGCUGGAGGAUCUGUACGAUCUGCUGUGCAGGCUCGCCGUCAAGGUGCUGGCCGGCAACCAUAGCAUGCAGAUGAUAGUGGACAUGCACCACAUGCUGCGCUACGUGGAGUGCGCGGGCGCGGCGGGCGCGGGCGCGGAUGUCCCACCGGUGGGCGUGGUGGGCGCAGCGCGCGCGGCGCAGGCGGCGCUGUUCGCGGCGCAGCUCGACCAUCUGGAGCAGCGGCUCACGAGGCACCACCACCAACCCAAGCUGACUAGUCUGCUCUCCACUGUGUUGACGUCGGCGGUAGAGGGCGGGCUGUCGGGGCGCUCAGAGGCGGGCGAGCUGUCGGCGCGCCACGCCGCCACGCUGUCGCGCGCCGUGGCCUUCCUCAUCACGCGGCCGGAGAACGCGCCCCUGCAGCCCGAGGCCGACUUCUUCGACCGCCUGCUCAACACGCUGCUCAUAGCGGCGGGUGGCGGCGAGGGCGGGUCGCGGCUGUUCGGCAGCGCGCAGGGCAGCUCGGCGCUGAGCGCGCUGUUCUGGUGGGCGGCCAGCCCCGCGGCGGCGGCGCGCCCGCUGCAGCCGCGGCUGCUGCGCGCGCUCUACCACGCGCCCGCCGCGGCGCUGCGCCACCUCGCGCCCAAGCACAAGGACCCGACGGCGCUCAGAAAGCUGUCGGUGUACCUGCUGUCGCUGGUGCAGCACGUGCACCUGCGCGCCGAGCGCGGCGGCGCGGACGUGGAGCUCGCCAUCACGGACUGGGCGCGCGACUGGGCCGUGGGCGCGCAGGCCGAGCUGGCCGAGCGCGUGCGCGGGCCCGCGCUGCCGGCCGAGGCCGAGCGUCUGCUGCACGAGGACCGUCAGCGCUGGGCGCGCCAGCACGCCGGCGCGAGGACCAGGGCCGCCAUCGGCAAGUCCGUGUUCAGCAAGGAGGCGCAGGCGCGCUCGGCCACAGAAGCCGCGAUGAGCGCCACGCGCGGCGUGGUGGAGACGCAGAACAGCGAGCGGAAGGCGUUCCUGGAGCACCUGCGGCGCGCGCACGCGCGCAGUGCCGCCGCCUGUGCGCGCUGGCAGACCAUCGUCGACGCGCACACGCACGAACUCGGAGUAUGGCACAACCCGCGCAGCUACCCGGCGGCGUGGCAGCUGGACAGCACGGAAGGGCCCGCGCGCGUACGCGUGCGGUUAAGGCGCGCGCAUCUACGCAUACCGCCCAAAUUCCUGCAGCCCAAGUACAGAUAUAAGGCCGAGAGCGCAAACUACCCGAGUCCGCUGCGCAACGUGAUCUGGGGCGGCGGGUCGGGCGACGUGCGCGGCGGGCUGGCGGCGCGCCUGCAGCUCAGCGAGACCGUGGCGCACAUGGCGCGCGUCGUGCGCGUGUCCGUCGCGCACGAGACUUGCGGCGAGCUGCUGCUCACCGACAGAUGCAUCCACUUCAUUCCCGAGGAGGGUUCGGGCGAGGGCGAGGAGAGCGCGUCGAGCUGGUCGCUGGGCGCGGUCGCCAAGGUGGCCACUCGGCGCUGGUGUCUGCAGGAGCGCGCAAUCGAGCUGUUCCUGUGCUGCGGCCGCGCGCUCAUGCUGGCCUUCGCGGACACGGCGGAGCGAGCGGCCUUCCUGGCGGCCUUAGGGCGAGCACAUCUUCCUAACAAAACAGAGCAAGACAGCCUAGCAGAAGCCAUGAACCAGUGGCGCAACGGCACUAUCACCAACUGGGAGUACCUGAUGAUGCUGAACGGGCUCGCGGGGCGCUCCUACAACGACCUGAUGCAGUACCCCGUGUUCCCCUUCAUCAUCGCCGACUACGCGUCCAAGAUCCUCGACCUGGGCGACCCGGCCUCCUUCCGCGACCUCAGCAAGCCAAUGGCCGUGCAGAACAAGAACCGCGAGCAGCAUUAUAUCAACACUUACAACGACCUGAAGGCGGCGCGGCGCGACGGCUGCAGCCCGCUGCUGUCGCGGCAGCCGCACCACUACGCCUCGCUCUACUCCAACUCCGGAGGCGUGCUGCACUACCUCGUGCGACUACCGCCCUUUACGGAGCUGUUCCUCAAUUAUCAAGACAACAACUUCGACAUGCCGGACCGCACGUUCCACUCGCUGGCGACGACGUGGCGCCUCAUCACCAACGACUCGCCCACCGACGUCAAGGAGCUCAUCCCCGAGCUCUUCUACCUGCCGGAACUCUUCUACAACAACGAAGGUCUGGAGCUGGGCGUGCGGCAGUGCGGCCUCCGAGUGGACAACGUGGAACUGCCGCAGUGGGCGCCCGACGCGCGGCUGUUCACGCUCGUGCACCGGCAGGCGCUGGAGUCGCCCCUGGUGACGGAGCGCCUGCCGCUGUGGAUCGACCUGGUGUUCGGCUACAAGCAGACCGGCCAGCCUGCCAUCGACGCCAUCAACGUGUUCCCGGCCUGUACGUACUACGGGUUCGACCCGUCGUCGCUGGAGGAGGAGGUGGACCGGCUGGCGGCGGCCGCCAUGGUGCGCACGUACGGGCAGGCGCCGCGCCAGCUGCUGCGCGCGCCGCACCCGCAGCGCGCGCCCGACCUCGCGCACCGACACAAACAGGCUCACGUGUGUGCGGGCGCGGCGGGCGCGCGUUGGGGCCGCUACUGCGGGUCGCCGGAGCGCGCGGCGCCCACGGUGAGCGCGCGGCGCGUGUGUGCGGGCGCCGCGCGGCUGCAGGCGCUGGCGCACCCGCGUGCUGUCGCCGUGUGCCCGCCCUCGUGCGCGCUGCUGUUGCGAAGAGAUGAGUGGUCGUGCGCGGGCGACGGCGGCAGCGCGGGGAGCGGCAACAACGGUGAGUCCGUGGUGGCCGUGACGUGGGCGCACGCCGACCACGCCGUGCGUGUGCGGCGCCGCCGCGACCUGCCGCCCGACACGCUGCUGCACGUGCCGCCGCUCGAGCAGGUGACGGCGGGGUGCGGCUGGAGCGGCGGCGGCGGCUGGGGCGCGUCGGGCGCGCUGGGGCUGUCGUCGGGCCGCGUGCUGGCGCUGCGGGCGGGCGCGCGCCCCGCCGCGCACGCGCUGCAUGCGCACCGAGCGCCCAUCGCCGACGUCGUGCUGUGUCCGCGCGCCAGCUUGCUCGUCACCGCCAGCGUCGACGGCCUCAUCGUGCUGUGGGAUCUCAACGAAUUAACGUACAUCCGGACGUUACCAAACCGAGACAUGCUGCGCGUGCGGUGCGUGGCCGUCAGCGAGACGCUCAGCGACGUGGCCAGCGUGCACGACCCAGUGGCUGCGGGCGCCGGCGCGGGCUCGCCCAGCGCCGCCAGCAACACCAUCAGCAACGCCAACGAGGACCAGCAGUCGGAGGACUACGAGUACGAGCGCGACGCCAGCUACAAGUACAAGUCGCUCGUGCGCGUGCACACCGUCAACGCCAAGUUUGUCGGCAGCGUGAAGGUGGCGGAGCUGGUGACGUGCGUGUGCUACUCCAACGCGGCCGAGGGCGUGAGCGUCAACUGCGUGGCGCUGGGGCUGGCCACCGGCGCCGUGCGCCUCUACUCCUCCUGGGACCUGCGGCCGCUGGGCUACGUGCCGCCGCCCUCCCAGCCGCAGCCGCUGCUCAGCAUCACGUACAGCUCGGACUCGCAGCUGCUGUUCGCGUGCUACGCGGACGGCGCCGUGCUGGCGUGGGAGAGCGUGGACGCGGGCGCGCGCGCGGCGCCCGUGCGCAUCCUGCCCGCGCACGCGCUGCUGUGAGCAGAGCCGCAGCAGAGGUCAUAGUCGCCGUACUGUGACUGACGGUUCAUUUCGCUCCGGCACAACAUUGAAAACGUGUCAGAAGAAAUAAGCAAUUUCAGCAUGAAGGUUUACAAACAAUAUUGGUUAAAAUUGAUCUACUCGUAACAUUUUUAAUGCGAAAUUAGUAACUAUUGAAUAAAAACACAUUCCGCUAGUGUUUUGGUAAAAGUUGAAUUUAGUCUUAUUGAACAGUGUUUUAUCUGAGCAAAAUCAAAGUGCGCUCUAUACAUUUUAGCCUCAGAAUGGCGAGAUAAAAAUGCCUAGAAAACAGUGGGAGAAACGUGUUUGCAUACGAGUUAGUUAACUCAGUCCGGGAAGCAAAGGUUGACUGACGAACCACCAUCUCCAUCCAUUGUGAGGAGCGUCUCACUUCAUACUGAGCCAGCAGACCGGUCAAUCAACUAAGUAAGUUUAAGUUGACGCCGUGUGUUAACUACGACGCUGUGUGUGUGCCAAUUAAACUUUACGUCUGAAUGGAUAAAAUAUUUUGUACAGGGUACGAUUGUAAAACGUAUUUUUCAAUGAAAUUUUAACUAAGCAUAAUAAUAAUAAUGCUCGUAAAAAGAAUAACUUAUAUUUUUGGAUAUAUUAUGAUUAACUAAAUAUUCCUAAUUAUUAAUAUUUAAUAAACUAUUUCUUAAGGAUAGAUUAAAUAUAAAUUGUCUUUUUCCAGUUAAAUGAUAUUUUAUUUUAAUAUUUACUAUCAAACCAAAUAAGUAUAUUUUCUUUAAAAGUCUGCCUAGUAAAAUUAACUAUUUUUAGCAAGAUGAUUAACUAUUUUUAGCAAGAUGGUGCUAUUUCGGUUAAACACUGAUCUUAAAUUGAAGGUUUAAAUAAGUGUCGUCCUUUUCACAAAAUUGCUUGCUGAAAAGGAUAGUUGCUCACAAUAGGAUUAUAGCUUGUUAAUUUAUUUAAGCAUUUAUUUACAACCAAAUCUGCACCAUUUAGCUGGAUAAUGUGAGUCCAACUUAAUAAUAAUAUAAUCUGCAUAAAUGUUGAGAUAUGUUAUGGUCUUCCGAUAAAUGUUGAUGCUAAUGAAUAUAAUACCUAAUAUUAUGUAAGUAUAGUUUUAUCCCAUUGCUCUUCUUGCCAAAUGGUAACUAAUUGUUCCAAUAAAAUAGGUAGCUACUUUUGAUAAUUAAAAAGUAAAUAAUCUUUAAUCAAACAUAUCACAAAGGGUAAGCUUAAGUUUAUUUGUCUUUUAUUGAGUUUAUAAAGAAACCUGAUUUAGUUCAUAAUAAAGCCUGAUUUUUCAAUCGCAAAAAUAAUAAUUUUAGUGAAAAAUUUCUUAUUUGUUCCUUAGUUAAAUUAUAUUUUGGCGAUUAAAAAAUCGGCCCAAAACAGACUAAUUUAGCUAUUAUGUAAGUAUAUUGUAAAUAGUAAUGAACUUAAUGGUAUUUUAAUAAACAUUUAUGAGGCAAUAAUGUAAGUUAAUAUUAUAUUUUCUGAUUUUAAUCGAUAUAUUCAAUAAUAAAAUAAGAAUGUAAAUAAAGACGUUUUAUCAUUCCAAUAAAUUGCCAAAAAUGCUCAAUCGAGGUUUAUGUAUUUGUAAUUAAAAUCAAGAAUGGUUUUCGUUAUGCAAUUCUGUUGACGAAGUUCUAUAUUUUGCAAGUAACAAUUUUUUUUAUGAACAUUAGGUACUUAACUAACUACUCCUCAAAAUAUCGAAAUGCAAUAAAUUAGAAAUAAGUAGACACAUAUCUAUUGAAAACUUGUAUUGAUGAUAAUUUUGUUGUGGUAUUGUUAAAGUUGGAAAUAAAUAUUUUAACCUCU